CGCAAUGCUCCAAUUGUUCUGUAACCAUAACUACACAUACGUAUGAGUGCUCCUUGUCACGGGGUGGAUGACAUAAGCGAGAUCGAGAUCUUCCUUCCAGAAGGCGUUGCGUUGGCGAUCGGUCAAAGUAUCUCCAAAUGGCAACCAGCGUCAAUUCGAUCGAUGCUGAUUUGGCACGACGUAUUCCAGGCAUGGGUCGAUUGGUAAUAUUCACCGCUCUGUGAUGUUUCUCCUUCGUUAUGUCUGCCCGUCUCCUUCACCCAGAUGAGUAUGAGCUAGAAACUCGCUCGUCAGCGGACUCUCAGGAGAGCUUCAAUCUCGAUGAGGCCGAUUUCGAAUCGCAGGUGCCUCCACGCCCCGGACAGAUGUUGAGAAAGGUUCCUUUCCUAUCGAGACUGUUCUCGUCGACCUAUUCCGGCUAUCGUAGCCUGAAGCCUUCGCGACCGUUCCUAUCGGCUUCCACACGCCGUGGUUGCUACCGCCGCCUGCUGUUCCGCCGCUGGUGCCCUCGCCUCCAUGCCGCUGCAGGUAUCAUCCUUGCGCUUAUCGUCCUCACGUCAAUCUUCCGACCUUCGUAUACUCGGCUGCCACCACAUUAUUUGUCUCUUCGGGAUGCAGUGUCGCAAUCGACUGAACCCGGCCGUGGAAAUCCCCGCAACGAGAAAGUCUUCAUCGCUGCGAGCUUGUACGACCGCGAUGGCGACCUGGCGCAGGGACACUGGGGAGAUAGUGUGCUACGGCUAAUUGACCUGCUCGGGCCAGACAAUGUCUUCUUGAGUAUCUACGAGAAUGACAGCGGCACGGAGGGCGAGCGGGCGCUUCGCGGCCUGGAGACACAGGUCACAUGCAAGAAAUCCAUCGUAUUCGAAGAGCAUCUCGACCUAGAGUCUCUUGCAAAGGUCGUGGCGCCCGAUGGGUCAAGGAGAACGAAACGGAUCGAAUACUUGGCUGAAAUUCGAAACCGAGCACUACGGCCUUUGAGCGAUCAGCAUGAGGUGCAAUACAACAGGCUUCUGUACUUGAAUGAUGUUGCCUUUAACCCAGUCGACGCACUUCACCUCUUGUUCUCUACAAAUGUAGCGGACGAUGGCAUUUCUCACUAUCGCGCAGCCUGUGCUAUCGAUUUUAUCAAUCCUUUCAAGUUCUAUGACACUUACGCGACCCGGGAUUUGCAGGGUUACAGCAUGGGGCUUCCUAUCUUCCCUUGGUUCUCAACUGCGGGAGAGGGUCAAAGUCGACAGGAUGUGCUAUCAGGGAAAGAUGCCGUGCGGGUUCGCAGUUGCUGGUCAGGCAUGGUGGCUUUCGACGCUCGGUUUUUUCAGCAAUCUCCGGAGAACCAGAGCUACCAGGGCGUUGAAACACCGGCUCAGUUUCGUGCUUCACACGAAUUGUUCUGGGAAGCAUCUGAGUGCUGCCUCAUCCACGCCGACAUCCAGGAAUCUCUGGCGGAUGGGGAAGACAGCGGCAUUUAUAUGAACCCAUAUGUCCGUGUCGCAUAUGAUCCCCAAACUCUGUCUUGGCUUGGCACGACUCGACGUUUUGAGAGACUGUACUCCUUGAUUCAAAAUCUGAUCAGUCGACUUGCUGGACUACCAUGGUUCAAUCCUCGCCGAGAUGAGAUUCCGGGACAAAAUGUACAACAGACAGUCUGGGUUCCAGAUGAAAAAGAAGACGGCAGUGGCUCGUUCCAGACAGUCGAUAGGAUUGCAGGGAAGGACGGCUUCUGUGGACGCCCCGGGCUUCAGGUAAUUGUUGAGCAUCGCGAAGAGGGACAAAAGGGGUGGGAAACCAUUCCGAUGCCAUCUUAAGGUUGUCUUUAUUGAAACCUGGCACGUAUCAGUACAUGAAUAUUAUCCUUGCUGUGCUAGUCAUUCUGCGGUUGUGAACCUCCACCGCCCGGUUAUGCGUUUGCUUGCACCGAGGGUUCUGGUUUGAAAGCCUCAUCUCCCCCGCGUCUCUAUUAGCUCAAGAAAUAUCUAACGCGCACAGCAAAGUUUCUGCUGCAAACACUUUGAAGAACUCUGGUGACUCA